AUGCGUCUAACUUCAGGAAAUAGUAAUCAAAAUUUGAUGGAAAUAGAAGAAUUCUCUGAAUGGCUUCUUAAAAUAGGAGAUGGUGAUCUUGGAGAUGAUGUGGACGGGGAAUCUAUUAUAACAAUUCCAGAUGCACUAUUGAUCAAAGAAUCGGAAGAUCCACUUUCAGAUUUGGUUGAUUUUGUGUAUCCGAAUAUGUUGAAUCAUAUUUUUGAUCCUGCUUUUUUCAAAGAACGUGCCAUUUUGACUCCUAAAUUGGCAGAUGUUGCUAUCUUAAACGAGCGGCUUAUGAGUUUUAUUCCGGGUGAAGAACGAACAUAUUUGAGUUCAGAUAGUGUUUUGAAGCAAGAUGGAAAUUCUGAGCUAGAGGAUGUUGAAUUCUCUCCUGAGAUUUUAAAUACCUUCUCAUGUUCCGGACUUCCUGAUCAUAAAUUAACUUUAAAGGAUAAUGUGCCGAUUAUGCUUUUGAGAAACAUUGAUCAAUCAAAGGGGUUAUGUAACGGCACGAGACUGCUAAUUUCUAGAUUAGGCAACCAUGUUGUUGAGGCAACUGUUCUUACAGGAAGCAAUAUAGGAGAAACUGUCUUAAUCCCUAGGCCCACUGUCAGCCCGUCUUCUCAUACGUUUCCUAUAAAUUUCCAAAGAAGACAAUUUUCCUUGGUGGUUUCAUUUUCAAUGACUAUCAACAAGAGUCAAGGACAAUCGCUUUCUCAUGUUGGAAUUUAUCUUCCUAGGCCUGUUUUUACUCAUGGACAAUUAUAUGUGGCGCUAUCAAGAGUAAAGAGCAAACAAGGAUUGAAGAUUCUUAUAUUUGAUGAUAAUGGUUGUGUUGCAAAUAGUACCUAUAACAUUGUCUAUAAAGAAGUAUUUCAAAGGUUAGUGUAG